UCCGGUUCGAGCACCCGGAACCGCCGCCUCUAGGGAUGGACGGUCAGACUCUGCGAAAGGCUGACAGAGGCCGGUCAUGCUCACAGGAGAAAAAGGAGGGUUACACUAAGGACAUGGUGCCAGACUUCGAUGAGAAACAUGAUGAGUAUUUAAUAUUGCUUCAGCAGAGGAACCGGGUGUUAAAGCAUCUGAAAACCAAGGACCCCAUGCAACUGAGACUGGAGCACUUGGAGCAGGGCUUCUCUGUCUACGUCAACGGGGCCAAUUCGGAGCUGAAGACGUCCCCCCGGAAAGCUGUCCACUCCGACUUCACCAGGAGUGCUUCACACGCCGAGGGGACACACAAUUACGGACGGAGAACCCUGUUGCGAGAAGCAGAGGAAGCUUUAAGACGGAGUUCACGGACAGCCCCCAGCAAAGUCCAGCGCCGAGGAUGGCACCAGGAGCUAAGAAAAAGCCUGGAACUUAGUGUAAAUCUACAGAGGAAACAAAGAGAUUGUUCCAGUGAUGAGUAUGACUCUAUCGAAGAAGAGGUACUCUCUGAGCCCGAGCCCGAGGAGCAGGUGCCGGUGGGCCACCCCAGAGAGGACCCCCCUCUUUGCAGUGGGGACUCCGUGCAGAAGGAUGUUCCUGAGGACCAGGAGAUGAAAGGGCACCCUCCCCAGGACCCAGACCCCCUCGUGGUGCUGGAAUUUAACCCAGCUUCCAAGAGUAAUAAAAAGGAAAGGAAUUUGUCUGCUAAGCGGAAGGACAACGCUGAGGUUUUCAUUCCCAGCAGACCCAAACUGAACUUGAACCCCCAGUCCUCUGCUGUGUUCCCAGACCAGGAGAAGGCAUGCUCAACCUCGGGCUCCGAGAGCAAGAAAGACCCCUCCUUGUGGAUGUGCCCCUUCCACCCGCCGCUCCAGCUCUUUUUUGUUAUCCGCAACACCAGACGGCUGCAGGACUUUGGUCUAGCCAAGAUCAAGGUUUGGAAUUACUGGACGGCUGAUGGCGAUCUUGACAUCGGUGCCAAGAACGUGAAGCUUUACGUCGAUGAAAGUCUCAUUUUCGAUGGCACGUUAGACAAAGGAGGUGGAGAGGCCCCGGCUGACCAGAGCAUCCCGGCUGGCGUGGAACAGGAGCAGGACGAGAGCAGGGGAAGGGCCCUGGGUGUCCCCUCGGGGGAAAGCAGAGAGGCCCGCAAGAUGGCUGGCACAGAUGGGGAACUCUCGCCGCCAGCUGCAGCAGUAGCCGAUGUGAAGCUUUCUUCCCAAGGAACGUUACUUGGCGGAAAGAUGAAUCCUCCCGACUGCACGAAGGAUAGCUUGUCCAAGUUGGAUGAAGAUGCGAGCUGCCCAGCAGCCCUAGCCUCGACGGGGGGCGUGCUGGGGCCCCCCCCGCUCUGCCCGCCUGUGGAACGCCCUCCCCUUGACCCAGAGCUCUCCCUGGCCCAACAGCUGGAAAACCUCACGAGCAGAAAAGUCUCCGAGCCGCCAGCGAAAACCCCAUCGUGGUUGCAACCUUCUGCCAUAGGGAAGGGUGGGAAGCAGGGAGGCAGGAAGCCCAAACCGCUCUGGCUGAGUCCUGAGAAGCCGCUGGACUGGGUAGGCAGACUUGUAUCAGACGCCAUCACGGACACCAUGGGGGAGGCUUCUAGAGAGGUUGAAGUUGGGGAUAAAGGCCCGAGGCGUGAGCCAGGGCGGCCGCGCAGCUGGAAUGUCAUCACUGGAGAGAGAGCCCAGAAGGUGACCCCCAAAGUCUGUGAUGACUUUGACAUCUUUAACCAGCCCUCCAACAGGGAACACCCUGCUAGUGGGAGGAGGGGACCGAGGAAGGACACCCUCAUCAGCAGUCACAGCGAUGGCCCGCCAACCGGCAGAGAAGACACCCGGUCCGGCAAGACGCCACCGCGGUCCCGGUGGUGCAGUGAGCAGGAUCACAUGCUGCACGAGUCCUGGGACUCCCUCAGUGCCUUUGACCGCUCCCAGCGGGGUCGCAUCUCCAACAUGGAGCUGCAGGGGGACAUCCUGGACGAGUUCCUGCAACAGCAGACGGGCAGCCGCCACAGCGACCAGCUGCCGCCGGGGAAGGAGGAGAGGCCGGAGCCGAGGAGAGGGCCGGAGGACAGCUCCGCAGAGAUGCACGACGGGAGCGACUUUGAGAUCCCCGUCUUGCCGUAUGGACAGCGCUUGGUCAUCGACAUCAAGUCGACGUGGGGGGACAGGCACUAUGUCGGCCUUAACGGAAUAGAAAUAUUCAGUUCUGAGGGGGAGCCAGUGCAGAUCGCGAACAUUCACGCAGACCCCCCUGACAUCAAUGUUUUACCAGCCUACGGGAAAGACCCCCGCGUGGUCACCAACCUCAUCGAUGGGGUGAACAGGACCCAGGACGACAUGCACGUCUGGCUGGCCCCUUUCACGCUGGGCAAGCCCCACUCCAUCUCCAUAGAUUUCGUGAGCCCUUGCCAAGUCGCCCUGAUCAGGAUUUGGAACUACAAUAAAUCUCGGAUACAUUCCUUCCGCGGCGUGAAGGACAUCACCAUGCUGUUAGACGCUCAGUGCAUCUUUAAAGGAGAAAUCGCCAAGGCCUCGGGGACGCUGACGGGAGCCCCAGAGCACUUUGGAGACACCAUCCUAUUCACGACCGACGAUGACAUUCUGGAGGCCAUAUUCUGCUUGGAUGAGACAUUUGACGUGGAUGCGGAGAGCCCCUACAGUCUGCAGAGCGAGGAGACGCCCAGGAGGCCGAGCACCGCCGGCAGCGAAGGGGAGGACAGGCCCUACACCCAGGCCGGCCCAUGGGCUGAGGACCAG